AUGCCGUUCCUUCUCUUCUUUAAUUCCCUCUCGUUCCUUUCCUUUUAUACUAUUCUUUCCCUUUCUUUUAUUCUUUUUAGAUCCUUUCCUUUUAUUCUAUUCUUUUCUUUCAAUUUAAUCCUUCUAGUUCCUUCCUUUUCAUUAUAUUCUAUCCUUUCCUAUUAUUUUCUCAAUUGCAAGUGUUUUUAUUCUAUUCUUUCUUGUCUUCUAUUCUUUCCUUUCUCGUUAUUCUCCCUAGUUCCUUUCAAUUCAUUCUAUUCUUUUCUUUUAUUCCCUCUAGUUCCUUUCAUUUUAUUCUAUUUUUUUCCUUUACUUUUAUUCCGUCUAGUGCCUUUCUUUUGUGUGCAUUCCUUUUAUUCUCUUAUUGCCAGUGUUUUUUUUUUUUUUUCUCAUCUUUCCUUUUCUUUUAUUCCCUCAUCAUCUUAUACUUGUAUUCUAUUCUUUCCUUUCCGUUCCUUUCCUUUUAUUCUAUUUUACUUUUACUUUAUUCCCUCUGGUUCCUUUCCUUUGAUUCUUUUAUUCUUUUUUCUCCUCGUGUGUUUUUAUUUUUAUUCCCCAUUCUCGUUCCUUUCUUUUUUAUUUAUUCUUUUCCCUCCUUUUUUAUUCUAUCAUUUUUCCUAUCAUUUUCUUUAUUAUUAUUUCCUUUUCUUUUAUUCCCUCGGGUUCCUUUUCCUUUAUUCUAUUCUUUCCUUUUAUUUUAUUCCUUCGAGUUCCUUUCUUUUUAUUCCUUUUUUUUCCUUUUCUUUAUUUCCCCGUAGUUCCUUUCCUUUUAUUUUCCUUUUUUUUCUCUUAUUCCCUCUAGGUCAUUUCUUUUCAUUCUCUUCUUUCCUUUCUUUUUAUUCUCUCAAUUUCCUGUGUUUUCAUUCUAUUCUUUACCUUUUCUUUUAUUCUAUUUUUCCUGUACUUCAAUUCUCUUUAAAUUCUUUCCUCCUAUUGCAUUCUUUAAUUUUCAUUGUCAUUUUAUCAACCACGCUUCUUUUUAUCUUUCAACUAUAUCUUUCACUCUCUUUCAUUCAAUCUGACUUUUUUCUUUCAGUUCUUUUUUCUUUUCAUUCGUUUCAUCUUCUCUUACUCCCUCUUUUUUCAAUUUUACAUAUUAUCUUUCAAUUCUCUCAUUUCUGUUUUAGUCUUACUUUUUUUUCUUUCAACUCUCCUUCUCUCUCUUUCUUUCAGCCCUUCUUUUUUACUUCAACUAUUUUUCAAUCUCUUGCUCUCAUAUUCUUUCUAUAUCACUUUCAAGUUUUUUCUAUUAACCUCCCUUUCUUUCAAUCUUACUUUUACACUGUUUUCUUUCUCUCACUCUCCCCCCUCUCUCUUUCUUUGUGUUUCUUCUUUUUCAGUCCUCCUUUGUGUAAUACGAAUUUAUUAAAUUUCUGCCACUCAUUCCUCUAUCGAAUUACACAUCAUUGUAGAGGCUAA